AUGUCCUCGCGAGAAAUUCGCGUAGGCUACGUGCCAGAGCACUACCUCCUCCCGCUUCACUUCUGCACCAAGCACAACCUCUUCCCUUCCUCUAUCCGCGUAACACUCGUGCCAUUCCCUUCGGGCACCGGACACAUGAUCACAUCUCUUCGUUCCAAAGAAAUCGACCUCGCGAUUGGCCUGACCGAGGGAUGGGUUGCCGGACUACUGAACCCAGACAUAUACAAUAAAUCAGCAGAAGAAAAAGGAUACUCGAUAGUAGGGUCUUGGGUAUCGACGCCGUUGCGGUGGGCCAUUGUCACAGGCCGGAACAGGGACGACAUUAACUCGGUGGAAGACUUGAAGAAUCAUCGCAGAGUCGGCGUCAGCAGGAUCGGAAGUGGAAGUCAUGUUAUGGCAUUUGUGCUCGCGCAACAGGAAGGUUGGCUGUAUCAGACCAAGGACUCGAAAUCUGAAGGCCUCACAAUCGUGCCACUUGGGCCGUUCAAGGAUCUCCGUGAUGGAGUCACGAGCUCGACCGCAGACUUCUUCAUGUGGGAGCAUUUCACCACCAAGCCUUACUUUCACGGAGAAGAUACUCCUCUGAAAAAGAUUGGCGAGAUCUACACGCCAUGGCCUAGUUGGCAUAUCGCUGCGUCGCGGUCGACCUUCCCCGAUCCUGCGAACGACGAGACCCUGAAGCAGAUCUUUGAUGCGCUAGAUCAAGGGAUCAAAGCCUUCAAUCAAGAUACGGACGCAGGUAUCCGCAUGCUCGGCACGGGAGAGGCCGGUUGCCACUAUUCCGAGGAGGAUGGGAGGGAAUGGUUGAAGGAUGUCAAGUUUGUUGAGGGUACAAGAGGUGUAGAUGCCGGGGUAAUGAGCGGUGUCGUCGAUGUCUUGAAGACCGCUGGGGUCAUUGGGCGCGAAGUUACCAUCAAGGAAGGAGAUGGAGUGGUCGGUAUUGCCCGGUAG